AUGGGAAUCGUGUUCACAUUUCUUGAUUUGGUUAUUCAACCAACAAUGUAUUCAUACCACGCUGGUUUCACAUAUUUUAGUGAAACAUUUUCGCACAAAAAGAUUUUCUCAAAAAACAUUCAAUAUCUGAUAUGCUCAUCUUAUAGUGCAAUGCAUUGUUCAACAAUGGCUUUUAUAGCUGUCCAAUUUCUAUUCAGAUAUUGGGCUUUAAUUUCAAGCGAAAAGCUGAGAUGGUUCGACGGCUACAGAUUGUACAUCUGGGUUGGAUAUAGUAUACUAAUGGGUGUUUUAUGGGAUAUCGCUGCUUCUUCGACAGUUGCAAAUGAUGAGUUCGGUAUUGAUUAUUUUCGAGAUAAGUUAUCGGAAGUCUACGCUUCAAAUAUAGACGAUCUCCCAGUUUAUACAGUGGUAGCUUAUGUGAGAAUUUUUUACAUAAAAUUAUAAAAUUUUUUGUCUUCAGGAAAAUGAGAAACUUCGAAUCAAUGCACUCAUCUGCACUGUAUGUUUACUAUCCCUUCUUUUCAUUCAAUAUGCUAUCGUGAUAUUCUGCGCAAUUCGAAUGAAAAUGGUGAUCAAAGAAAAUCUUCCCAAAUUCUCCAAAUCGCAACGAAAACUUCAAAAGCAGUUUUACAUCGCGUUGAUGAUUCAAAUCAGCGCCCCAUCUUUGAUUAUACAUUUUCCAAUACUUCCACUUUUUCUUCUCCCAUUUUUCAAUUUUCAAAGUGUCGAUCUUGAGACAAGUUUCCUGAUUUCAACUUUCAGUGCUUAUCCGCUUAUUGAUACUUUGAUUAUUUUAUUGGUGAUUGGGGAAUAUAAAGAGGCCAUUAGGAAUAUGUUGAUCGUACCAUGA